UUCAAAUAGAUCGCGGCAGGCUGGCAGCUAGAGAGAGAGAGAGAGAGAGUCUACUGACCCAGAGACUAUUGUCUUCUUUACUCGCCAACCCAUUUAAAAGAUUGUCCAGGAAGAGGGGAAACGUUCUAUUGAAGAUAUGGAUCUGAAUUCAACUCUUCAUGCUUUAAUACCCACUUAUGAUUCUGUCAUCUUGUUGUUUGUUUUCUUUGCUUAUUUGGCGAUAGCUGGAUCCAUUCUUCCUGGAAAGGUGAUUCCAGGCGUUGUCUUAUCAGAUGGCACUCGACUACAUUACCGCUGCAAUGGCUUGUUAUCAUUACUUUUGCUGGUUAUGCUCCUUGGAUUGGGAGUCUGGAUGAAUUUUGUAUCUUCCACAGUGAUAGCAGACCAAGGACUUGAGCUUUUAUCAACAACUUUUAUAUUCAGCAUUUUAGUGACUUUUGUACUUUUUAUUGCUGGCAGCAAUUCUCGUGCCCGGAGUUCAUCCCUGAAGCCUCAUACUACAGGAAAUUUAGUACAGGAUUGGUGGCUCGGGAUACAACUGAACCCUCAAUUUAUGGGAAUUGAUCUAAAGUUUUUCUUUGUUAGAGCUGGAAUGAUGGGAUGGUUACUUAUUAAUCUGUCAAUCCUGGGAAAAUGUUUUCAAGAUGCCACUUUGAGCCCAUCGAUGUUUCUCUACCAGCUCUUUUGUGGGUUGUACAUCUUGGACUACUUUUUCUAUGAAGAAUACAUGACAUCCACGUGGGAUAUAAUUGCAGAGAGAUUAGGCUUCAUGCUGGUGUUUGGAGAUUUAGUGUGGAUCCCCUUCACUUUUAGCAUACAGGGCUGGUGGCUUUUGGUGAACAAGGUGGAGCUAACAAAAGCUUCCAUGGUUGCCAACUGCAUUGUCUUUCUGAUAGGGUAUAGGGUUUUUAGAGGAGCUAACAAGCAAAAACAUAUGUUUAAGAAGAAUCCUAAAGCUCCAAUAUGGGGAAGUCCACCAAAAGUUAUUGGAGGGAAGUUGCUUGCUUCUGGAUAUUGGGGAAUUGCAAGGCACAGUAACUAUCUGGGAGACUUGCUUGUAGCUUUGUCAUUCAGUUUACCAUGUGGCAUAAGUUCCCCAAUUCCAUAUUUCUAUCCAAUCUACCUUCUUAUCCUGUUGAUCUGGAGGGAGAGAAGGGAUGAAGCUCGAUGCGCAACCAAGUACAAAGAAGUGUGGGCUGAGUAUUGCAAACUUGUUCCUUGGAGAAUACUUCCUUACGUUUAUUGACAAAUUUGACUACAAAAAAAAGCAAGUUCUCUUCCAGAAUAUCACCUCGCAAAGGUUAUUUAUUCCUUCUCUAUGUCUCUUUAUUAAGUGUUCUCAGUUUUGAUUGAAGAUGAUAUAUAUAUGUAUGGUUGAAGAAGGAAAAUAGGUUUGUAAUUGCCUGCUUUUUGUAUGAUAUUUAUGGUCUAUUUCAUUUUACUAUGUUUCAUCUCUUGAUGUAAUUUAUUUUAUUUAUAAAUUUUCCCUUGAAGUGGAAGUCCAUGUGAUCAAAAUCUUGGAAUUCCAAAAUUUGAUUCUCUUUCCCUAGGAUUGAGAACACAUUAAUCUAUUCUUGAUUUUUGUUCC